GAUCUGUUUCAGCUGUCGAUCCUUUCUCGUUGUACAAUUCCGAAGGUCCUCCGUUCCCCAAAACCACAGCUCCCUCUUCUCGAUCCUCCCAAAUUAGGGUUUCUGAUUUCUUCUAUCGAUUCACAUUGACUACACAUAAUUUGAUGUUUCAAUUUGAUCCAUGCAUCCAAUAACCAAAUUCCCCUUUUUCUAACGAAAAUAUGGGGGAUAAUCUAGAUCAUAUCCUUACUCCAAUUCCAAGCGUUCCUGCCAUAACCGACAUCCACUACCAUGAUGAAUCAUCAUCACCACCGUCGUAUUCGUAUUACAAUCAAAGCAAUUGCCAUGGACUGUUGUACACCGCCGCUCUAUCGAUCCCGGCUGCAUUGUUUGUAUUGUACUUAGGGUUUCAUCUCAAAAAGAACAUCAAGAAGCUCAGUCAUCGUCGUUCUCAUGUUAUGAUUGCUUAUUAUGUUCUUCUUUGGUUCUCUGCUAUCCUCAACCUAGCUUGGUGCUCUCUUCAGGCAUGGCAGUGCAUUCCUGGGAAGGAGGUAUCUUGGAAUUUAUUGUCAUUGCUGACAGAAUCUGGAACACUAUGUCUAGAGAUCAGCUUGGUAGCCUUCUUGCUCCAGGAAAAUUAUGCAAGUGGGUUGGAAACUUUAGCUCAUACUUUCAUGGUUUCAGGGCUGAUUGUUGGUGCUGAUAUACUUCUCAAGGCAAUUUUUGUGUUUGGUUUUCAUGUGCCGCUUUUCAUGGAUGGCAUAACUACCCAUAGUGGAAAAUGGGGCAUGUGGAUAUUCGAUGAUCUGUUGCUGACAUGCACUUAUGGAUAUAUAUUGUUUGUGCAUUACUCAAAGUGGAGAGAUAAGUUACCCCCCAGACCGGCAUUCUAUAAUUAUGUCAUGAUCAUGUUUGUGGUUAAUGGAGUGGCGUUGUUCGCUUGUGCGCUGGCUGCAAGUGGCGUCAGCUUUGGACUUUGGUUGUAUAGUUUCGUAGGCAUCUGCUACCACACUCUCUACCUUCCCUUUCUAUAUGUAACUUUCCUGGCAGAUUUUUUCCAGGAGGAAGAUUUGCUUUUAGACAAUGCUUAUUACUCGGAGAUGCGAGAUGCUGGAUUUUUCGAUUCAGACUGGGAAUAAGCGAAUCACCUGCUAUGCGUGCGUAGCUUUGGAGGUGAGAUUUGAUGGAAGAAGUUUGUAAAUAAGAUAGAGAUAUGUAACAUGGUCGAUAGAUCUAGUAAGACGGAUGAGGCGGUUGCUGUCUUUUUUCUUUCCGUUCUACGAAAAUGUAGAUAGCACAUAGACUGCAUGGUUAUUGUAGUUUUUUGCUUUUGUGAUAUCAUUCAGACAUCUAAAUACUAUUGGCUUAAUGUUUAAAAUGCCUUUUGUCAUCAAUACUAGUAAAAACUUGGUAAC